AUGAUUGAUGUAGAGAUAUCCAAACUACCUACUCAUAGUUCAAAACGUACAAAAUUUUUUGUUAUUGGCAGCAAUAAUUGUGGUGAACUUGGUUUAGAGAACGAUGUUGAAGAAAUGAAUAUCCUAGACACUUGUGGAAGUCUACAUGUGGCAGCUCUAACUCGAGAUGGAACGGUCAUCACUUGGGGUUGCAAUGAUGAAGGUCUUGAUGAUAUAGUUAUAGUCAAAGUUGUUUGUGGUUCAAAUAUGACGCUAGCAUUGUCUGAUAGAGGUCAAUUAUAUGAUAAUAAUGGAAAUACAAGGUUUACCUCAGCAAUUAAUAAGCAAUUAAUUUUUAUGAAAUUUGGUCCUACUUCUCACUUAAAAAUUGCUGAUAUCACUGUUGGAGAGAAUCACGUAUUAGUUCUAACGACAAAUGGUUAUUUAUACACUUUUGGAUGCAUAGAUUCUUAUCAGCUUGGAAGAAGAAUAUUGGUUCGUAAACCCAAUGGUUUAAUGCUAAUUCCUGAAAAAAUAUCAAUCAAUCAAAUUAGAAAGAUUUUUGCUAGAGGAAAUUACAACUUUGCAAUUGAUGAAGAUGGAAUGGUGUAUAUAUGGGUGAAACAAAUUUUUGCAGAACUUCACCAUAUAUUAGUCCUUCUAAAAAAUGAUGAUGUUUAUAGUUUUGGCAGCAAUAAAUAUGGACAAUUAGGCAUUGGUGUUUCUGAAAAAAACAGAAAGUCUCUUGUCCAAAUUAAUUAUGAUAAUUAUGAUAAUUGCAAAUACGUUGCGACUGGAGAUCAUCAUUGUAUUGCUGUUAAUAAUAAAAAUAAAGUGUAUACUUGGGGUUUUAGCAAAACAUCUGCUCUGGGAAAUGGAAGUAAGAAUAAUGAAUAA